ACAUGUGAUGACGUGCCAGCCGUAUGUAGAUUUUCACUGCGCUCGCAACAGCUGUGGAAGUAGAAAAAGAAAACUGAAACAGAAGCACUUGAUCAUCGCCUUCCUUAAAAGCUGAUCCAAUUCCCGAGACGGAAGAAUAUUUUUUGCUUCUGUAUAUAUUUACUACUGGCUCUUCCAUUUCCGAGAGGCUAAAAGCACCUUUUGAUCUCAUCUUGCCGGCGUCGAUUAUUGUAUAGAUAUGGCGGAGGUUUCUAGGGAUACAUCGGUGUCAGUGGCGGUUUCGACGGCGUUUCCUGGUUUCAAAUUCUCUCCAACGGACAUCGAGCUUAUUUCGUAUUACUUGAAACGGAAGAUGGAUGGCUUGGAGAGGUCCGUCGAGAUUAUCCCUGAACUCGAUAUUUACAACUUCGAGCCCUGGGAUUUGCCUGAUAAAUCAAUCGUUAAAUCCGACAGCGAAUGGUUUUUCUUUUGUGCUCGUGGUAAGAAGUAUCCACACGGUUCACAGAACAGAAGAGCAACGAAGAUGGGAUAUUGGAAAGCCACAGGCAAAGAACGUAACGUCAAGUCUGGUUCUGAGGUCAUUGGAACAAAGAGGACGCUUGUCUUUCACAUUGGUCGUGCGCCAAAAGGAGGGAGAACGGAAUGGAUUAUGCAUGAGUACUGCAUGAUUGGAGAUGGGCUGGUUAUUUGCCGGCUUAGGAGAAAUAUAGAAUUUCAAGGAGCUACAACACAAAAGCCACCACCACAGCCAAGUUUAUCACUUGACAAGAAGAGAAACCUGCAGAACGAAACUGUUUCAGAAAGUAUUUCUGGUUGGGAAAAUAUGGUUGAUUAUUACUUAUCAGGUGAAUCAGGGCAUGAACUACUCAGUGAAAUAGCAGAAUCUUCGCAGUCUUCACAUAAUCCACAGGUUCGUAGUGAAGAAGAUUUCUAUGCGGAUAUCCUGCUUGAUGACAUAGUGAAGCUAGAUGAUCCGGCCGACUCCGGUAAUACACUGAUCGAUGUCCCCAGGCUUCAAUCAGAGUCCACAACCACCAGAGUACUGCCUUUACCCAUCAUGGUAGACAAACAAAUGCAAUCACUGCUACAGAAACUGCCAUUACAGAAUGACAUAGGUGAAGAAAACAACAUAUCAAUGUCGAGUUGCUUCAUCGGUAUUUACUCGAUUAAGUCCAUAAACCGAGCGAGGUGGGACGCUGUUGCUUGGGUGCUGGUUAUGAUAGCCGUGUUGGUGUUUUAUCUGGUGUGACGUUGAAGAAGGCAUCUUCUUGGCAUAUAGUUGUGUUAUGUCUUAAUGUCGAGAGAAUAUGAAGAUGUUAGGCUUAGUUUACAUCAUCAUUCUCAACAUUAUAUACAUAUGUAUGUACUGUAGCAUCUAUGUGUACUAAGUAAAUUAAACCGGAAGGUGUCAAAAGAGAUGAAGCUCUAUUUCAGGUA